AACUUUCUCUCUUCCCCGCGAGGGUAUUGAUGUUCCAUAGCCGAAAGCUUUCCUCCUUUCUCACCCUCUUCGUUCGCAGGGUUGGCAACCAUGGUGUCUCUCAAGCUGCAGAAGCGGCUAGCUGCCAGCGUACUCAAGUGCGGGCAACGCAAAGUGUGGUUGGAUCCCAAUGAAGUCAAUGAAAUUUCUAUGGCCAAUUCCCGACAAAACAUCAGGAAGUUGGUCAAGGAUGGUUUCGUAAUCAGGAAGCCCCAGAAGAUUCACUCCCGAGCCCGUGCUCGACGUGCUUUGGAGGCCAAGAGGAAAGGUCGUCACUCCGGAUACGGAAAGAGACGUGGAACCAGGGAGGCUAGGUUGCCAACUAAGGUUUUGUGGCUCAGACGUAUGCGCGUGCUCCGACGCCUUCUCAGGAAGUAUCGCGAUGCUAAGAAGAUUGACAAGCACAUGUAUCACGAUAUGUACAUGAAGGUUAAGGGUAAUGUCUUUAAGAACAAGCGAGUGUUGAUGGAAAGUAUUCACAAGUCGAAGGCUGAGAAGGCUCGUGAGAAGAGUUUGUCCGACCAGUUCGAGGCCAGGCGUGCUAAGAACAAGGCUACUCGCGAGCGCAAGAUCGCCAGAAGGGAGGAGCGAUUGGCCCAGGGUAUCUCUGCGACCCCCGCCCCUACCUCGGAAACUGCCGCUCCAGAAGUUCCUAAGAAGGCGAAGAAGUGAUGAAGACGCUUACACUGUGGAUCAUAUGUGUAAGCACGACUUUUAGCUUUGUGGUUGAGUUUGGGACGGAUUAUAGAACCAGUAGCAGGAGUGUCUACCCCAUUUUUCAGCCGCUACCUCUAAGUCACGUCCUUUUCACGUCGGCUUUGUCUUCCUCUCAGAAAAUCAGCAAGCUGUUUUGCGGACCCAUCUCAGAAUCCGAAUUUCCACAUUAUCGUUUGAGUUUCUGGUCGUCGCCAAACAUGUACAGCUUUUCAUACUGCAACAGGUUCAUGCAUGAAAUUACAAAUCGCGAUUGUUUCGCCGAUUUAUUUUUAGCACUGUCGCGUGAAGCACCCGAAAUGCAGGAUCAUACUCUUCAACAUUUGGAUUGAUAGACAGAAAUCCUGUAGCAUUUUUGCAGAUUCAUAAUUUGGGUGUGCAUUCACCUUGCUUAUGCC